GAUGUUUCGUGAAUUGUUUCUAAUCGAGGAAUAAUCUUUCUAAACAAACGUGCUGUAUUAUACAAUACAAUAAAAUAUUAAUUGUGUUAGACAAGAAUAGUUUGUCACCAUGAGCAUGUGGCGUGCACUUCAGGAAGUUCGUCUAAUUUGUGGCGUCGCAAGAUUUAGUCGAACACCGCAGGGUACCGGUAUUACGACUCGUCUGUUUAGCACGGCCACGCCGAACGAGGGCGAACCAUUCCUCAGCUAUGAUAAAGACCCUGCGCCAGUGUUUAUGCGUGAGGAUGUUCAAAAACUCCUCAAAUCACUCACUCGCCUGGAGCUGGAUAAGGUUUUCCGCAAGCGAGCUGUAAAAGACAACACCGUCGAGUAUCGGUUCAUGACCGAUGACCAACUUCGACAGGAGCUGAUUAAAUCGAUAAACCUUGCCCAGGAAAAGCUACAGAUGCCGCCAGUGGUCAACGUGCAGGAGGAUACGUGCCGAAUAAUAUCCAAAGAUGGGGCAUUGAAAUCGCUCGCCGAUUCAAAGUUCGUGUUUACCGAUAUAACGUACGGACUGAAAAACAGUCAGCGUUCGAUUGUUGUCCGGCACCCGGAUGGUACGCUGCAGGAAGCUCCAUAUGAAAUGCGCAAACGGUUAAAUCAAAUCUACUUUCCUCUAAUCGGUCGCUCCAUUCAUGAGCCACCCAUGUUCGAAGAACGCCAUCUGAACAGUCUGCUAGAGGCCGGCAAGUACGAGUUCAUUCUGGACCGAGCUUGCGUACAGUUCGAACCGUUCGAGCGAGAAUACCACCAACUAACGGCCAAGGUAUACCUGCAUGUGAAUGCAAGCAAAGCCUUCGAUUCACUCCGUUCAACGCGACACUUCGGACCGUUUGUAUUCUUCCUUACGUGGCACAAUCUGAUCGACGAUUUGCUGCUCGAUAUAAUCAAAAACGAUUACGUACGCAACGGCAUUGAGUUGAUCGUCCUGCAUUCUACCCUGCAUGGUACAGCGUUGGACGAAGAGGCGAAACAUCUUAUUCGAGAGCCUGAAAUGCCAGCCCUUUUUAGUAGGGAAGAAAAAUCAAUCAAUGAACUUAAGCAAGACGAGCAAGCUCUGGGAUUAAUAGAGCAAUUUGUCAAUGAACACGGUGUCAAGAAGGUACAGUUGAACCUCGCCAUUCAAGCGUACCGAGAGAUUGCCAGAGAAAAAUUGGAAUUAGCGCAAGGAAUACAAAGAAUGCAUGGCGAAAGUUGAAUCCAAGCAAACACACGUUUUAUGUAGCAGCUGCGUGCAGAUAAUUUAAUAAAAUGUCACCAUCGCUAA